GUUUUGGACUGUGGAGACUGGGGGAGUGCUGAACGAGGUGCACCAUUUCUACUGUUACCCUGGCGGGUGGGAGGAGAGGGACGCAGUAAGGGCAGGCAUGGCGGGCAGCAGGGGGUGGAGUCAGGAGUACCUACCUCUUGUGAAACCGGUUUUCCAGUCACAGGAAUCGAGCAUUUUCCUGGAGGAUUCCAAAUGCAUGGUUGCAGUAGCAGCAGCGGCUGCAAGUGCGUCACCCCUUUCCUCCUCCUCACUCCCAUCAGCAUCACUACCAUCAGCAUCAGCACCAUCAGCAUCACCACCAUCCCCGGGGGUGUAUGAGCUGCGUUGCUACGAGGGACGAGGCAAGCCUUACGACAUUCAGGAGACAUUCCCGGUACGCCUCGCUGCUCGCCUGGCGGCUGCUCCCUCCUCUCACUGCCUCUUCUUUGGAUUCUCUGACGCCGGGCCAGACAGUGCCCUAGAGCUGUGGCGCCACUGCAGCACCACCGACUGCUACUUAGCCGAUAAGGUUGCCCUAUCCGCUCGUCUCCUCUUCCCUCCCCUCUCUCUGUCUGUCUUCGUUCGCCUUUGCUCUCCUCGCCCUUCUCCCUAG